AUGGCAUCCAGGAGCAGCUUCAUCAACAGCGCGCUGCCGGGCACGAUCCUGCUUGCUGUCCAUGACUUCGUUGCCCGCAGUGCCGACGAGCUCAGCUUGGCCAAAGGCGAUCGCAUCGAGCUCAUAGAAAGGUACGCUCGCAUCACAUGUUUCCAUCGUGGGGACAGACAUGCAAUCGUCCAGCUCUAACGCGUGUACUCUACAGGGACGAUGACUUCGGCGAUGGAUGGUUCUUGGGCAAACACCUGAUCAACGGGUCGAGCGGACUGUUCCCAGAAGGUAACUACACCACAACAACUUUCGCUUCCUGUGGCAGUCCAUGCUGCUGCUGCUGCUUCCGGAUGACCGCUGACAGUCCGCAAGUCUAUACCACUCCUGCGCCCAAGGGCACCCUCGCCAAUAGCAUCCGACAUCGCGCCACGGACAGCAAUAGCAACAACAACAACAUCAACAACAACAUCAUCAUCAACAACAACAACAACAACAGCGCCGCGGUAAGCGAUGGCGCAACGAGAGCAGCCCAGAAUGCGGCUGCCUCACUCUCAUCCACUGCCACGCGACAUUCCCAGCAGCUCCCCGUCGUGCCUUCCAUAAUCACGGGCACCCAGUCGCUGCCUCCUCCAUCGACAUCGCACAACCCGCCCUUACAUGUAGCGUCAACGGCCUGUCGACCGCCAGUAUCCACCCAUGCCGCCGCUCCAGUGCCAGCUGUGAAUGUGCCUGGUGGGAGGAACUUCAUCAUCAAUUCAGAUUCCCCCGUCAUGAGCGAGACGCUGUCCGUCAUCGACGAGCACAUCACCGACAUGAGGUCGCCGCGGACCUCCCAUAUCAACGGCAAUGGCAACGGGAACGGGAACGGCAUCGCCCACCACAGCAAGCGCGAUACCGUGAGCAGUGUCUACUCGGCCUACUCAUCCCAGCCGUCCAUGACCCGUCACUCAUACAUCGCCGGCCAUGAAACCGAUGAGGAGGAGCAGCAGACACACACCGAAGACGAGGUCAUGGCGUGGACGCCUACCCGUGUAGCAGAGUACCUGGAGGACCACGGCGUGGAGAAGUCACACUGCCAGGUGUUCGUGGAGCAAGAAAUCAGUGGCGAGGUCUUGUUGGCGAUGGACCAAAACAGCUUGUUCAUUAAGGAGUUCGAGCUGGGCUCAGUCGGCCGUCGACUGAAGACGUGGCAUAAGAUCAAGGCGCUGCAAGAUGAAGUACGACGUACGGUCAAUCCCGAGCGAGAGAGGAGCGCUUCCGAGUACUCCGGGGGAAUGGAAGGUGAAGAGGAGCCCAGCGUUGAUGGGGGUAGGAACCGCAGCUCGACGAUUGGGGCGCCUUCCUUGCCAAGAGGCCUUUCCACCGGAAGACGCCAGAGCGGAGAGACUACGCCAGUAAGGCAGUCUGCCCAAUCCGCCACGAAUCGGGACAGCUUUGCUGGCAUGUCGCCUUUGCAGAGUAUGACUUCCACGACCCGGCCGGAGAAUACGAUGAGACCUUCCGCCCAGAGCAUUCGCAACAUGAACCACUCGCAGCGGCAUUCGAGUAUCGAUUCGACUUCUACGGAUGGCGCCAGCCGGAUGGGUCAUCGCAAACAGCCUUCGAUCGAUCAGAAAUGGCAACCUGGGCAAGUCAGCAGUCGACAUGGACACACGACCAGUGCAGACUCGCAAUUCCCACUGCGAAACUCGAGCAUCAUCAUGUCCGCUUCUCCCGCCGAUGUCGACCGCGGCUAUUUCUCAGAAGCUGAGCCAACCGCCAGGUCACGUAGGAGUUUGUUGACUAAGAGAAAGUCGACUCUUGUGAGUCCAAUGCAUUCCAGGAACAGCAGUGUCUUGGAGCGCCAGCCGGGCCGCAUCGCCGAAGCUGAAGGUUACCAAGACCCAGCGAGCCCGAUGGCCACUUUUAACCAUCGUUUCAGCGCCCUGAAUGCGGUAAACGACAAGUUCGGCAACUACCGCUCAGCAACAGACCCAGCCGUGCAUGGCAAGCCAAAUCGUUCCGCGCAAAGUCCAGUAUCGACAGUCGUCACAAAGCUUGAUCGCAGCGGCAAGCAGUCUCUCGGGGCUAUUGCUGCUAGUCCAACGAAAAUGGAGGAUGACGCAAGUGUAGCCUCCAGCGAAAAGGCCACGCCCAGUCCCUCGGGCAACUUCGGCUUCUUUUCCUCUGCUAGAGCCAAGGUCACCGGACUGAGAUCGAGCAGCGAUGCUGUCACAAAGAACGAAAAAUCGAUUUCACCACCCAAGGUCAGCUCACCGACGCGCACAACUACCGGAUCAUCAACACCGAGCACGGAAAACCGAAGUAUGGACAUAGCCAAGUCCGAUGGUUAUUCGCGCGAAUCGACAGGAUCUGGCCAGAACCUGAUGCCACCACCUCCGAGCACGAAACGGCCCCGGGCGAAGUCAAAGAAGUUCACAUCAGCAUACACACGGGGGCUGGAGAAGAAAUCACCACAGGAACAGAUGCUGGAUUGCGACUAUUCCGGCUGGAUGAAGAAGAAGAGCGGCUCUCUGGUGGCGACAUGGAAAUCACGUCUCUUUGUCCUCAAAGGGCGACGACUUUCGUACUAUUACACUGAUGGUGAUACCGAGGAGAAGGGCCUGAUUGAUAUCUCCUUCCACAGGGUCCUGCCCGCGCAGAACGAGACACUCACUGGAGUUCUUGCCUCGGUCACCGGAGCUGGUGGAAGCCCGACAAGUCCUACACAACGAACAACGCCGACCAUUGCACAGCAGGACCUUCGGAACCAUCCACCUAUGGACCAUGAGAAUGAUGAAGGAUUGUUUAUCUUCAAGCUCGUUCCUCCGAAGGCAGGCUUGUCCAAGGGCGUCAAUUUUACAAAACCGACAGUGCAUUACUUUGCUGUCAAGUCUCGACAAGAGGGCCGUCUCUGGAUGGCAGCCCUCAUGAAGGCGACCAUUGACAGAGAUGAUACGGGAGUUGUCACGACAACGUACAAUCAGAGAACGAUCAGUCUCGCUAAGGCCCGAGCUAGACGGGAGCGACCGCCGGCAUUGAAAGAGGAGGGCGUCGAUGGACGUGCUGAGCUCGAUGGCGGAGCAGAGGAAUCAAGCGAGCAAGGUCUGGGCAUCGGUGGUCUCAACGAGAAGGAAUCUACAGUCGGCGGCGCCGAGCAAGAAAGAAAUACCCUUGGAGACCGCAGUUCGAUUGCUACGAGUACACAAGCUCCUGUCGAUACCGAUGUCCUCAGCGAGAAAGAGAGAGAGGCAGUCGCGCUCAAUGGCUCGGCAUAG